UUGAGGGUAUGAACUAUGAAGUAAUUUUUUUUUUUGAAUUUGUUACUUAUGGACCGGCCCAUUACUCCUUACCCAGUCACCCAACCCAAUUAAAAAACAUAAAAACAGAAAACCUAAUAUCUUCUCCUUCGUGCGCCGCUCCAUCUCUUUUCACUCUUCCUCUCUUUGCCGGUAUAAGAUUUAUCGUUGCCAAGUCUCUGGUAUCGAAGAUGAGUAAGCUUCAGAGUGAUGCUGUGAGGGAAGCUAUUACCGGAAUCAUGGCUGAUUCCAAGGAGAAAAACCGGAAAUUUGUGGAGACUAUUGAACUCCAGAUUGGACUUAAGAACUACGAUCCUCAAAAGGAUAAGCGUUUCAGUGGUUCUGUCAAAUUGCCUCACAUCCCUAGACCCAAGAUGAGAAUUUGCAUGCUUGGUGAUGCCCAACAUGUUGAGGAGGCUGAGAAAAUUGGACUGGACUGGAUGGAUGUCGAAGCUUUGAAGAAGCUGAACAAAAAUAAGAAACUGGUGAAGAAGUUGGCAAAGAAGCACCAUGCUUUUUUAGCUUCUGAAGCUGUUAUCAAGCAGAUUCCCCGUUUGUUGGGUCCUGGUCUCAACAAGGCAGGAAAGUUUCCUACACUUGUUUCCCACCAAGAAUCUCUUGAAGCCAAGGUUAAUGAGACUAAGGCUAUGGUCAAGUUCCAGCUUAAGAAAGUGCUUUGCAUGGGAGUAGCUGUUGGAAAUGUCAGUAUGGAUGAAAAACAAAUCUUCCAAAAUGUACAACUGAGUGUUAACUUCCUCGUGUCCUUAUUGAAGAAGAAUUGGCAAAAUGUUAGGUGCUUGUAUUUGAAGAGCUCCAUGGGCAAAUCUUACCGGGUCUUCUAAAUGUGUGUUGUAGUUUAAGGUUCUUAAAUUUGGCGUAUUUGAAGUUGGGCUUGAUAUUUUGGUUACUGUAAUAGCUGAGACAGGAGUUUUCCUUUUUCUAAAAUUUUGUUUGAUAAGAUUCUGAGUAUUUCUUCUAUCUUGUAUUGUUAUUGAAUGAUAUUUAAUUGCUUAGCAAGGUUGAACUUCAUUA